AUGGCGACGCUACUGAAGAACGUCACCAAUUGCAUAUGGCAAGCGUUCAACUCGCUGGACACGGACGACACGGGAACAGUGGUCAAGUCCAAGCUCAAAGUUUUAACGGCAAACAUCGGUAUUCUCCUUGACCUUUAUAGUGUAGAAAAAGGCCUUGAACACUACAGAAGUACAACAACGUUAAACUUUCAACAUUACAAAUAUUAUUUAUUGAGAGAAGUUUUUCUAUCGCUUCCAAACAUACUAUCUUUACCAGUACUUCAAGGAUUUGAGUCAAAUAUAGAUGAGACGUGUUGGAUAAUUUGUAAAAAAGAUUUUAUUUCUAAAUGCAAAGUAUUACCAGAGGAUUGUAUGUAUAAAUUAUUCAGGGUAUUUUGUUUUUUGUCGGAGCUUAUAGUAGAUCCAGAAAGACCAAAUCGAUUCCAAGUUAUCAUGGAUACAUCAGAAGUGGGUUUGGUGGCUUCACAAAUUGUUACUUCAUUAGGCAAUGACUGGGACCAAUCGGGUUUUGAAGAACUCAUUGGAAAUGCUAAUGGAUUUCAGUUUGGUACGUUUUUAACAUUACUAGAGAAGCGAUAUUUAGCUGAUGUGGAUCGUGCAGGCUUGGUAGAAGCAUUAAAUGCUGUUACAAAUACGUUCAUCGAUGAUAUCAUAAAAAAAGGAGUGUUGUUGAAACGUGGUUAUUUAUUGCCAACACUACGAGAGUAUUGGUUUGUAUUAAAACCAUGCCAACUGUUAUACUAUAAGAAUGAAGAAGAAAAAGAACAGUGUGGAUCUAUAACCUUAGACCCAAGAUGUUGGGUGGAUUCUAAUUUACAACGUAUAAUGUUGCACACAACUGAAAGGACUUUCGAAUUAGCCACUAAGGAUCAUAGGAGUCGAUUACAAUGGCUGUCUGCUUUAAAAUUAGCAAUAUCUUAUUCAGCGGGGACAGAAGGUUAUCAGAGAACAUUGUUGCGUCGUAGGCAAAAACGAAGAAAAGCUGAACUUCAAGAGAAACAUAGAAGAAGCAGCAUAAUACAUGACAUGGAUGUUCAGUUACAAGCUGAGAAACAAGCCAGGGCAGCUAUGGAAAUCCAAGCAAAAGAGCUUAAAGUGGCUAGCGAAAAACACGUUGAAGAAUUGGAAUGUCUACUUGAGGAAGAAACACAGGCAAAACGUGAUGAAGAAAUAGUUCGUAACUUACAAGCUAGAGUAUUAAGAGAAGAAUGGGAAAAAAGAGAAGAGCUAGAAAGGUUACAGGAAGAACAUAUAUUGCUGUUGGAGCAAGAAAGAGAAAAACGAAAAGAAUUUGAGAUUAAACAACGAGAGAAAGAAAACCAAUUGAUAGAAGCCCAACAGAGGUUGAUUGAAUUGGAAGCUGAAAAACAGCGACUUGAUGACGAAUUGACAAGAGCACAAAAAAAAAUUAGUGUUUCCGAAAAAGCUGUAGCAUCAAUUACAAUAGUAGAGCCCGCUGAAACAUUGAACAUAAAACCACAAGUUAAAGUGAGGAGGACUAUGUCAUUUAUACCAUCCACAAAAGAACGACCAAUUCAUUUUUACAAAUGA